CGGCAACCCCUCGAACGCGCCUACUGCUUCCACUAGAGCGUCGUUGUGUGGUCUGUGUUCAUGGCCGAUGCUAUCUCAAGCUGUCUUUUCCCGAACUAGCACGCUUCGUUUUAAACCAGUCCCCGAUCUGCCUCCCCACGCGACCUAAGUAACCCUCUCACCUCCGCCACGCUACCCGCCUCCCCGCCAGCAAUCCAAGUCAGCGCCCGCGCCGAAGAGUUCCCUCUCGCCAGACUGCUGCUUGCAACUGCACUCCCCCUCUCGUCCUACGCGGCAGACAGACAGGACGAGCAAGCUGCCGGCAUUUCCAGAAAUAGCUCGCCCGUAGAACACCACACCCAAGACAAAGAGCAGAAAACAAAAGCUAGCGACGAUCCCACCCCGAGACGCCGUGGCUCCUCUUGGUGCCUCCUCUCGGUGCCACCCGCAACCGACGCUACCCUGUGUGCCCGACGGCGUGCCCAACACCGCACCUUUCCUGACAAGGCUACGCCGACCCGACGUGCCUGACCUUGCGCCCGGGAGGUCUGACGUCCCGUCCCUUCUGAGAAGCCCGCUCCCCUCCUUGUACAACUACCUGCACUCUUCUCCGCCGAACGCCCUACACGGCAUGUGGCCAUCGAGGUAAUUCCACCGGUCAACCACGACGCCGCCACAACACAGACAGACCACGCCGCCCCGUGACCAUGUCUCAGACACAACCGCCAUCAGGGCCUUCCCAGGCCGACUCGGUGCCUGCAACGCCCGAUGAGCAAUACGACAGCAACCCGACCUCACCUGGCUCCGAGGCACACAUAGACGACGACUCUGGGGCCAGCACACCUUUAGACCCGCCGUCACCCAGCGUCAUCCCCAAACGUGUGCCGUCUCUGCGCACCGUUUCGGACCCAGAGACGGCCGCCGCCAUGUCUUCCGCAUCGACCGUCGUGGGCGCGCUCAACAACGCCCGCAGGCCCCCGCCCUCGGCCAGCAACCUGCCCAUCGACCUUAUGGCCCGUGCCCGCGCCCUUCAGAGCUCGCGCCUGGGCCGGCCCUCGAUGCAGGGCUUCGCCAGCACAGGCAGCAACUUGUCCUCGAUGGGCUCGCCCAUGUCUCCCAUGUCGGGUGCUCAAUCGCCCCCGACCAUGGGCCCGGGCGGCCUCCCCACAAACAUGAGGCUGCCGCCCAACAUGGCUGCCAAUCUCGGCAGCAUGAGCCUGGGCGGUCGCCCACUGCCACCUGGCUUCCCCAAAUCGGCCCCCAUUGUCCCCAGUGCGCGCAAAGCCCCGCCAAGUCUUAGCGAGAGGCGACAGAUGAGGCUCGGUGGCCUGCCUGGAGCCGUAGGCGGGGGCCCGCUCGGCGCACCCAAGCUCUCGGAUCUGAGCGGCGCCAACGGGCCAGCCGGUGGUGCCGACGGCGAGUCGGCCAAAAGCCAGGGCCCGCCCAAGGACGGCGGGAUCAAGGACUCGAAAAUGAACGACUUUAGGAGAUAUAUUGACACAGAAAAGGGCUGGAUCACGUUCGAGGGCGCAGCCACCAUUACGAGGACAGGCGUCAAUUUCGCCAGCGGUCAGACCUUUAGCAUCUCGCUCGAUGAGAUCCAGGUACUGGACGAGCUCGGCAAGGGCAACUACGGCACCGUGUUCAAGGUCCGGCAUGCCAAGCCACGGGCGCCCCGGUUCGGUCAGGGGCUCAGCGGCUUCAAGCCCAGCGCCCCGUCCCGGCAGUCGUCAGCACUCAGCACGGCGUCGGACGGGGGCCGCUCUGCUGAUUCUGAUGGCACAAACGCCGUCGACGGCGGUAGCGCAACGUCGGGCGUGGUCAUGGCCAUGAAGGAGCUCCGUCUAGAGUUGGACGAAGCCAAGUUCACAACGAUCCUCAAGGAGCUCGUGAUUCUGCAUGAGUGUGUAUCGCCCUACAUUAUCGACUUUUACGGCGCGUUUUUCCAGGAGGGCGCGGUUUACAUGUGCAUCGAGUACAUGGACGGCGGCUCGAUCGACAAGCUAUACGGCGGAGGGAUUCCCGAGAGCGUGAUCCGCAAGAUCACUCACUCGACCGUCAUGGGGCUCAAGUCGCUCAAGGAUGAUCACAACAUCAUUCACCGAGACGUCAAGCCCACAAACAUCCUCGUCAACACGCGCGGCCAGACCAAGAUCUGCGACUUUGGCGUCAGCGGGAACCUGGUCGCCUCCAUCGCCAAGACCAACAUUGGCUGCCAGAGCUACAUGGCGCCUGAGCGAAUCUCGGGAGGCAGCUUCGCGCCUGGAGCGCACAGCUCAGACGGCACCUACAGCGUCCAGAGUGACAUCUGGAGCCUGGGGCUAACCGUAAUCGAGUGCGCCAUGGGAAAGUAUCCGUACCCGCCCGAGGUGUCGUCGACCAUCUUCAGCCAACUUAGCGCUAUUGUGGAGGGCGACCCGCCCGACCUGCCUGCUGAGGGCUACUCGGCGACCGCGCGCGACUUUGUCCGUUCGUGCCUCAACAAGAACCCCAGGAAACGCCACACGUACCCUAUGCUACUGGCCCACCCUUGGCUCAUGCCGCUGGCCCAGCCAACAACCAUCACGGAGGAGGCCGAGGAUGAGGACGGAAGUGGGGUCGCCGAGGCGGCCAGCAAGAUAUCCCUCACCGACCCCCUCACCGGGUGCGACGAGGAGGUGGCCAAGUGGGUACGCGAUGCCCUCGACCGCAAGAUCAGAGGAGAUCUGCCCAAGUCGGACAAGCCAGCGCUUCACGCGGCGCCGCUAGACACAGUCAGCCCCGCCACCAGCCCAGCAGUAGGCACCGAGCUAGGCCACGGAGGGCCCAGAUAGGGACAGCCCUAGGCUAUGACGGUGCUGCAAAGGGCGCACUCGGUUGUAAUAAACGAAAAGAGAAAGGAGAAGGAGCCCGCGGCUGAGCUGGUCUCUGCCUUCCUACGACAACCGCGGGCGUUGCGCACACACUUCCAAUUGUUCGCUUCUGACCAUGAUAUUUUUUUCCUUUAUUCUUCCCUUUGUCCAGUUUACGGGAUACCACUUGAUCCACACACCUCGAUUAUCUGGGUUUGCACGCAAGAACGAGAGAAGCUCCGGUUAGAAGGGGGAAGGAGUGCGGCGAGGACGAGAGAAAGGCACAUGCUCAUCAUCAUCAUCAUGACUUGCAUUGGUUGGGUGUUGGCUUGACAGAUAUAGGGGGCUGCGAUGACUUUCCAGGGCUCGGUAGACAUGGCCCUUGUUCUUUUUUAUGCCCUUUUCGCUUUCCGGGCUGUAUUCCUCCAUCUUUUUUUUUUUUCAGUGACGUCUCAGACUUUAAUUUUCCUGGACCGUCCUUUUCCUGUUAUUUCAUAAAGCACACGAAUACACUCCAUCCUCCCACGGGGAUUACACGCAACA